AUGAUCUGUUCCUGCAGGUCGACUCCAGAUGCAGCCGGUGCUCCAGGAGCCCCCGGGGCCCCAGAAGGUGAGGGGGGCCCUCGAGCUCCGCCUCCUAAUCUCACCAGCAACAGACGUCUUCAGCAGACGCAGGCGCAGGUGGACGAGGUGGUGGACAUCAUGCGUGUGAACGUGGACAAAGUCUUGGAGCGGGACCAGAAGCUGUCAGAGCUGGACGAUCGGGCCGACGCCCUGCAGGCCGGAGCCUCGCAGUUCGAGAGCAGCGCUGCUAAACUCAAGAACAAGUACUGGUGGAAAAACUGCAAGAUGAUGAUCAUGAUGGCAGUUAUAGGUGUUAUAUUUGUUGGUGUCAUCUUCUUGUAUUUUUUCUACUGAGCUGCUCUGCAAAGACGACGUGUCUGCACCAACAAUCACCGCCGAGCCCAGUCAGUGCUCCUCCUGCUCUCCGCCCUCCUCUUCCUCACAAACCUCCAUGCACGGCCUUCGAUGUGCUCCUCCUGCUCCUCCUCUGUUCCUGGCAGGUUUAAUGUAACUGUUGUUGCUGAUGUCACUGGGAGGACCGUGUGGGGGAUUCAGGACAGAUUUGAUUACAUGAACUUCCUGUUUUUGAUGGUUUGUGAGGAGUUUGUACAUGUCCAGGUGAGGCGGCCACAGAAGCUGUCAGAAACCUCGUUUGGUCCUGUUACACCGCUGUUAUCUUUACUUGCUUUCUGAAGUUUAAAGCAGCUGUUUGUCAGAUUAAUUGUCAUAAUUCUGCAAGAUUUGUUCACCUGCAGCAGAAUUUAAGCAAAAAAAUCUACAAGAAAUCGUUUGGUGCAUCUGUUGUUCUUUUCUUGUGAAAAUGAAAUUAACUGAUCGAGGAGUUUCACAAAGUCUCAAAGCAAACACGUUUUCAUGUUCUGUUAAAUCGCACGUCGAACUUUAAUCUUUACAUUUUCUUUUUACAUUCAGCUUAAAUUUAACAGCUUAAAAGAUCAGAAAAUCCACGUCGCGAGUGAAUUUGCAUUGUGAAGCAAAUAUGUGCAAAAUGUAUUUAAACUGAUGUACUUUCGGAAGAAUUGGAGAUUAUUUGCUCUUAUAAAUAAUCCAAGCAAAACAAUUAUAUCUGUGAAUUUAGCUGCAUGGAAGAGAGGGGUUGUACUUUAUAAAACAAGUUAUUUACUGCUAUUCUUGUUUUUAUUGGCUUUAUUGAUCCUGCUGUUGGCGCUGAUGCUGUUUAAAAAGGUUUUGUCUGAAUCUCAUGUUUUACGAAUCUCUUCAGUUCUGAUGCUGUUUGAAUGUGAAACACGUU